UUUUAGGUUAGUGCAGAAAGUUGUUCGUAUUGAAGUUUACCUACAUCUUUUGACCACUGGCAUGGAAAACUAGACAGAUACCGUGCUCACUUGUUACAAAACAGGAACACCAUUGGACACUUAACGUAGUCUUUCUUCGACGAUUUAUGCAUACGAGUGUGGAGUCUUGGUGUCAAUGAAACAUGUCACUCGAGGUGUAUGAGCGACACUAUGGUUCCCUAACUUCUGAUAUCAGCAAUGAGUCGGUGGUUAGUGGGAAAUCGGCGACUGCAGUAUUGAGUGGUGAGGAGGAGAAAUUGCAUUACAUCCCUAUCAGGAUCUUGGGAAAGGGAGCGUUCGGUGAGGCAACCUUGUACAGACGAACUGAGGAUAACUCUCUGGUGGUUUGGAAGGAAGUAGAUCUUAACAACCUCUCGGACAAGAAGCGACGAGAUGUCAUGAAUGAGAUAAGCAUCCUCUCCAUCCUGCAUCAUAACAAUAUCAUUGCUUAUUUCAAUCACUUCAUCGACAAGAACACACUGCUUAUCGAGCUGGAGUAUUGUAAUGGCGGAAAUCUGUAUGACAAAAUCAUUCAGCAGAAGGGACAGCGUUUCACUGAGGAGGUUGUCAUCUGGUAUCUUUACCAAAUUGCUUCAGCAGUGGCCAAUAUCCAUAAAGCUGGCAUCCUGCACAGAGAUAUCAAAACACUAAAUAUCUUCCUCACCAAGACCAACCUCAUUAAGUUGGGUGAUUAUGGAUUGGCCAAGAAAUUAGACUCUGUGGAUUCCAUGGCUGAAACGUGUGUAGGAACACCAUACUACAUGUCCCCUGAGCUUUGCCAAGGGGUUAAGUACAACUUCAAGUCCGAUAUCUGGGCCAUGGGCUGUGUACUCUUUGAGAUGCUGACUCUGACCAGAACCUUUGAUGCCACGAACCCCCUCAACCUGUGUGUGAAGAUUGUCCAGGGCAACUGGACCAUGGAGGCCAACUCGGAUAUGUACUCCUCUGAUCUCAUCCAGUUGGUCUACAAAUGUCUUGAUCAGGAUCCAGAAAAGAGGCCCACUGCUAACCAGAUUCUGGAUGAACCAAUCAUCUUGUGCAUCAGGCAGAGUUUGGAGGACAGAGUGGCACUACUUAACUCCGCUAUAAAGAAGCCCAAGUAAGUUUGUUUGUUUUAUCAUCAUUGCAUUACAGUAAUUCAUUAGUUGCCUCACUAUUACACCUUCAAACAGUAAAGCUGCUGCAAUCUUGUUUAAACGUUCUGAUUAUUAUUCAUUCAUUUUCUUGAGUGCUACUGCAUUUGCUGUUCACUUCAUUUUCCACCUGUGAUUUAUUUUUUUACUUAGUUCAAAUGUGUUCAGGCAGCCAAAAUUGCCAUCAACAGAUAAUCAAAGUUAAUCAGCCAACAACUACUUAGGUGACUAUGAAUGGCUUGUCAUUGCUGAAUAUGGUUGGCAUACCAUCAUCUUAAAUCAGUUCAAUAGAUUUGACAAAAUCUAACAGACUUACAUGUCCAACUCCAUUUCAGUGCUGUUUGCAUUAUGUUAUU